ACGUCUUUGCUCUUCAGGUUGACGCCUUUCCCUCCCCUUGCUCAGUUUACUUGCUUCAGUUUACAGGAGAGAGGCAAAGACUGGUGUCCGCAGUGGCUGCUCGGUGAAGCUCCCGGGAAGACGCUUCUUCUACGAGAUCAAUCAACGUUUCGGUUGAACAAAAAGUAACUAUUGCUGUUAGAAAAAGCACAAAAAUGGACGAAAAGGCGUUUACGAAAGAGCUUGAUCAGUGGAUCGAGCAGCUCAACGAAUGCAAGCAGCUGUCCGAGGGACAAGUGAAGACGCUAUGCGAAAAGGCAAAGGAGAUCCUGACGAAAGAGUCAAACGUCCAGGAGGUGAGAUGUCCGGUGACUGUGUGCGGUGACGUGCACGGCCAGUUCCACGACCUUAUGGAGCUGUUCAAGAUCGGAGGGAAAUCUCCAGACACAAACUAUUUGUUCAUGGGAGACUACGUGGACAGAGGGUACUACUCUGUAGAAACAGUCUCUUUGCUUGUAGCACUUAAGGUACGUUUCCGGGAGCGCAUAACAAUCCUCAGAGGAAACCACGAGAGCAGACAGAUUACGCAAGUCUACGGUUUCUAUGACGAGUGCUUAAGGAAAUACGGAAAUGCCAACGUUUGGAAGUAUUUCACUGACCUGUUCGAUUACCUCCCUCUAACUGCCUUGGUAGACUCUCAGAUUUUCUGCCUUCAUGGAGGCCUAUCACCAUCUAUAGAUACAUUGGAUCACAUUAGGGCUCUGGACCGCUUACAGGAAGUACCACACGAGGGUCCCAUGUGUGACCUGCUGUGGUCGGAUCCUGAUGACCGCGGCGGCUGGGGCAUCUCUCCUCGAGGAGCUGGCUACACGUUCGGUCAGGACAUCUCGGAGACUUUCAACCAUGCCAAUCGCCUCACAUUGGUGUCCCGAGCCCACCAGCUAGUUAUGGAGGGAUACAACUGGUGCCAUGAGAGGAAUGUGGUAACGAUUUUUAGUGCUCCCAACUACUGCUACCGCUGUGGUAACCAGGCAGCCAUCAUGGAAUUAGACGACACUCUCAAAUACUCCUUCUUGCAGUUUGACCCUGCACCUCGCAGAGGAGAGCCACAUGUAACCCGCCGCACCCCAGACUACUUCCUGUAAAUCCUGACCUCUUCUAUCAGCUCUUGUACAGUCAAGUCCAGUAUCGACAUUUUAUGACUUUGAACCAAUAUCGACAUGAAUGAGGAACACAAAACUGAGACCAGGGUGAGGGGGGGAAAAAACAGCAGUGCACAUUGGAAAUCCACACAAUGACCUAUUUAAGCUUUUUCUAAUAGGAGUGUGUCUAUGGAUGGACAAAAUGGUGUGUGACAUAAUCAUUGCAAUGUUCAUUGCCGAGGACUCGUAUUUAAAAUCUCCUUUUCAGACUAUAUAUAACGCAGAUAUAAAUUCCUCGUUCUGUACAUAUGUAGCUGGGCUGAUCAAGUCUGAGAAAACCCUGCAGCUGUUUGAGAUCCACCGGUCACAGAUUUAGUUGACGAGACCUGAACAUAUGUUUGCACUUUUGUACAGUUAAAUACAUUUAUGAAAUUUGUAUCAGAUGUCGAAGAUAGGCUUCACACUACCGAUGUUAAGUUUUUAUGUUCCUCCCUGUUUUUCUUUUUUUUUUUUGUAAAAGUUCCAGAUAAGUCCAAAUAAGAAAAGCUUGCCACAAGUUUGUUUGUCUCCUGUAACUUAUAAUAAAACUCCUUCCUGUGCAGUAACACAGCUUGGUUUAUAUAUGAUGGAGUUUUCAUCCUCAUCAACCCACUUACUCUUUCAACUUCAGACUGUAUUUUAACUAAACAAUUAGAAUAAUAAAGAUGGCUUCUUGGUGUCA